GAUAGGUUCAUAUCAAUCAAGUACCAUGUCCGAAGAAUUGAACAAACAAACCGAAGGCUUGACCUUGGCUGAAGACACUGUCUUGACCAACAAGGAAGAAUUCACAGCAAAGCAUCCAUUAAACAGCAAGUGGACCUUGUGGUACACAAAGCCACAAGUUAACAAGAGUGAAAACUGGCACGAUUUAUUGAAACCAGUCAUCACCUUCUCUUCCGUUGAAGAAUUCUGGGGAAUUUACAACUCCAUUCCACCAGCAAACCAACUCCCAUUGAAGUCAGACUACCAUUUGUUUAAAGAAGGUAUCAAGCCAGAAUGGGAAGAUGAAAAGAACUCCAAGGGUGGUAGAUGGCAAUAUGCCUUUUCCAAUAGACGUGAAGUCCAAUCCGUAAUCAACGACUUGUGGUUGCGUGGACUUUUAUCUGUUAUUGGUGAAACCAUUGAAGAUGACGAAGAUGAAGUCAACGGUAUUGUGUUGAACAUUAGAAAGCAAGCCAUCAGAAUCGGUAUCUGGACCAAGGAUUGUGAUGAUGCCAAGUUGAGAACUGUUGGUGAAAGAUUGAGAAAGGUUUUAAGAUUGGCUGAUGAUCAAAAGAUUGACUUUAUGUCUCACGAUGACUCUAACAAGAAGGGUUCUGAGCCACAAAUCUUGUUGUAAGGGGAUUAGUUGUUCUGAUCUGUAUUCUAUAAAUUUACGCACAUACGAAAUAAUCUAGUAGAUAAAAUUGUAGUAAAAUCGAACUCAUACAGAGUAUCGAUUUCUUAUUUUGUAAUAUUCCAUACUACACAUGUUUUCCACAAAUUCUUGGUGGUAAGAUUAAUUCUUGAAGAAUAAGAGUUACUUGGUGUAGCUGAAGGGUUGUACUAUAUGGGACUCUCAUAUCAGAAAACCCACAACGAGCACAAAGACAGCGAGAUUUAAUACAACUGAGAAGACUAGAGUAUAAAUCCCACACUUUGGAGUAGAGUGACUAAACUUUAUAAUGUA